AUGAAGAUUGCGAUCGGAGCGGCGCGUGGGUUGACGUACCUCCACGAAGACUGCCAUCCUAGGAUCAUACACAGGGACAUCAAGUCGGCAAACAUUCUCCUGGACGACGCCUUCGAGGCCAAGGUUGCAGAUUUCGGCCUUGCUAAACUGACAAACGACUCGCUGACUCAUAUCUCGACGCGCGUGAUGGGCACGUUCGGGUACAUGGCGCCCGAGUACGCACAAAGCGGGAAGCUGACCGACAGAUCCGACGUGUUCUCCUUCGGGGUGGUGCUCCUGGAGCUCAUCACCGGGCGGAAGCCCGUCGACGCAUCUCAACCGCUGGGAGAAGAGAGCCUGGUUGAAUGGGCUCGGCUUCUCCUUGUGGACGCCUUGGAGACGGACGACUUCCGAGAGGUCGCCGACCCUGCGCUGGAGUGCAGGUUCUCCAAGACCGAGAUGCGGAGGAUGGUGGAGGCGGCCGCCGCCUGCGUGCGCCACUCCGCCGCCAAGAGACCCAGGAUGGUGCAGGUGUGGCGAUCGCUGGACGUGGACGAGUGCUCGUCGGACCUGACCAACGGCGUGAAGCUCGGGCAGAGCAUGGCGUACGACUCGGGCCGGUACUCGGUGGACAUCGAGCUGUUCCGGCGAAUGGCGUUCGCCAACGACCUCUCCACCGCCGAGUUGGGCGUCUUGGACGAGGAUGACCAACACAGCAGCAAAGCCGGUUCCAGCUCCAGGCGGCACAAGUAA